AUGGGGCCUGGAGUGCUUGAAACCCCGGCGAAGGCUCGAUCGCAAGCCUCGCCCGGCAAUCAAGCAAUUGCGGACUCCAUUGUCGCUGCAUGGAAUCCCUCCAACACAGCAGACCGGCACCAGCAAGGACAGCAACAACAGCAGCAGCAGCAGCCUCUUCAAUCCAACCAACAAAGCAAGACAUCUCGAAACCAGCCCCUCCCACGCCGCGUCUGCACAGCAUGCCGUCGCCGGAAGGUCGGUUGCGACAAGAAACAACCGUGUCAUCACUGCGAGAAGUCUGGAACAGACUGUGUCUAUCCGCCUGAAGGAAGCUCGGCUGCGCGGCAGUUUCUCACUGACAAUCAGCUGUGGGAGCAGCUUCACCGUCUGGAGCCGAUGUUCAAGACCUUGGCAGAAUGUAUGCAACAAGGCAAUAUUCCAGGAUCCUCUGCCCCGAUCGUAGGGUCAAGCUCCCGUCCAGAGUCAAUAUCAACACUCCCUCAAAGGCAACUACCAGAAUUCAAUAAUGAUUCUGCCUCACCUUCACCACCAACCCCCCCGAAUUCAAUCGGCUCGUCGACAAGCGCAUGUAGAGAUACAAGGAAAGAGAGCGUCGCGAUCAAUUUCAGCACUAUGCAGGUGGAACAGGCCGCGAUCUCUCUCGGCCCGAAAUCUCCGGCGGGGAUUCUUGAUUCCACAGACGGUGACGCAUCGAACAUCGAGAUUCCCAACAUUGACUGUGACAGUGCUCAAGGCGAUUCGGUCAACUCUUGGUCACCAUACGGGACCUCGACGGGGAAGCUCGUUAGGGACGACGGUCGUGAAAGAUACGUCAGUGGAACAUUUUGGGAAGCUUUGCAUACCGAGAAUGACCUGGAAGAUGGCGUGAUCAGCGAGGACGAUUCCGAGUUCGAAGAGCAGACAUCAUCGUCUCGGUCAGAGCUUUUGCAGUAUUCCUUGCUAUCUACUGGCGGCACCCAAGAAACCGACACUUACUCCCUGCAUCCUCCUCGCGAUCAGAGACUAGAAGCAUGGCAGCUGUACAACACCAACGUACACCCUGUCGCUACCGUCCUGCACAUACCCUCGGUUGAACUGGCCGUCCUCGAAGCAAUGCAAAACCCACAAAAUCUUACAGCCCCCUUGGAAGCCCUCUUGUUUGUCAUCUAUGUUGGUGCAGUAAACAGUCUAUCCGAUGAUGAAUGCGAGGCGCGUUUCGGAUCAGCUCAAUGUGAUUUGUUGGGGAAAUUUAGGCGAGGUGCUGACGCUGCGUUUGCUCGUGCGAGGUUGAUGGUAACGGAUGACAUGCUCACACUGCAAGCUUUUGUGGUUUACCUCAUUACGUUACGGUGCAGAGACCCUACGUAUUCAUGGAGCAUGACAGGACUAGCUGUGCGGCUUGCUCAGUCCCUAGGCAUGCAUCGAGAUGGGAGCACGUUCGAUCUCCCCCCUUUCGAAGCUGAGAUGCGUCGACGAUUGUGGUGGAAUAUCUGCAUUCUAGAUACGCCAGCGUCCGAAGACUACUCGUGUUCAUCUGGCCUUCUAGAGUUGAGUAGCUUCGAUUCAAGACCCCCAAUCAAUGUGAAUGAUGAGGACCUAUACCCGGGUAUGACAGAGUACCCCUCCGAGUCUAAGGGAAUCACGACCAUGUCCUUCACUGCUGCCCGUUGCUGGGCAUCAGAUAUCUGGCGUACGAUAAUUGACACUCGGAGAAUCGACCCAACAUCCGGAAUGAACUUUGUCUCAAUGACGAUAGCCGACAGGGAGGCCUGGGUUGAGAGACAGCGAGAAAAUAUCGCCAGCAAGAUAUCCAAGAGUCAACCAUCUCAUGGCUCUUUACACUGUGUAAGUUGCACACAACUAAGGCAUCCAAACUUCAGACAUGACAUCCAAACUCUGACGUCGCAUUUGCUCAAGCUUACAACCUCCUUUGUCGGCACCAUUGUCGCAAAUCUACGCCUUAUGGUCCUCAACCCAUUAUCAUCUGGUGUUUCCCUCACCGACGAGCAAAAGAGACGCGCUUUCCAGAACGCCAUCGACUGUAUGGCGCAUUCAUACCGUCUCCGAACUGAUCCGCAAGUAGCGCAGUGGUCAUGGCUUACAAAGUGCUACAAUGAGUGGCACGCUUUUGCGGUUGUUCUUUCAGAGCUGUGCAACCAGCCUUUGGGUAGGGAUGCCGACAAGGCAUGGCGAGUUGUGGAGCAAAGUGCUGUUCUUCGUUGGGACUCAUCGACGAGGCAUAGUCGGGUACACCAGUGGCGCUCAGUAAUGAGGAGUAUUGACAAGGCGAGAAGACGGAGAAAGAAGGAGUUGGGUCGCCGGAAAUCGUUUUUAUCAGAUCGGCGCUCAUCGUCGGCAUCCUCUGCUGCGAAACGUCCGAUAUUGGAAGGUCGGUUCUCGUCCAAGGGCAUUGCAAGACCACAUGCCAGCACGAAUCUUGUUCAAAGCGACAAUGCUCAGUCGGGUGCAGUUUCUAUGCCCCGUAGCGCUGAGCGAGAAUUCGACACAGCGAUGUAUAAUGCAGACGAGAUGAUAGGGCCCCUCUUGGAGAUGGACGAUAUGUGCGAUUUCACCAAUGCAGACGGCCAAUUGUAUUUUAGUCAUACCUAG